GCUGCCUGCUCGGCGGCUGGGCAUGGCCCGGCGCUAGCGGGGAGAGGGGCGCCGGUGGGACCGGCCGCCGCCGCCGCCGCCAUGGGGCGGUACUCGGGGAAGACGUGCCGGCUCAUCCUCAUGCUGGUGCUCACCGUCGGCUUCUUCGUGGCCGAGCUGGCGUCGGGCUACCUGGGCAACUCCAUCGCGCUGGUGUCCGACUCCUUCAACAUGCUCUCGGACCUCAUCUCCCUCUGCGUGGGCCUCUCCACCGGGCUCAUAGCCCGCCGCAGCCGCCGGGGCCCCCGCGCCACCUACGGCUACAGCCGCGCCGAGGCGGUGGGGGCCCUCAGCAACGCCGUCUUCCUCACCGCCCUCUGCUUCACCAUCUUCGUGGAGGCCAUCCGCCGCCUCGCCCGGCCCGAGCCCAUCGACGACGCCCGGCUGGUGCUCAUCGUCGGCACCCUCGGCCUUGCCGUCAACCUCGUGGGGCUCCUCGUCUUCCAGGACUGGGGCGCCUGCUGCCGUCGCCGUCGCCCGCCCGCCCUGCCGCCCGCCGCCGCCGCCGCCGUGCUGCGGGCCGUGCCCGGCGGCACCCCGACGGGGGAGGCGGAUGAAGCAGGUGAUUCACCAAAUGACCAAAAAAGCCCUGAAGAGGGGUCUGAGAAGAAAAAAGAGAGAAAGUCUGAAGCCUUGAACAUCAGAGGUGUUCUUUUGCAUGUUAUGGGAGAUGCACUUGGAUCUGUGGUCGUGGUAGUUGCUGCUACAAUCUUCCAUGUACUUCCUCUGGGGAAUGCUCCGUGUAACUGGCAGUGCUACAUCGAUCCAAGCCUGACAAUAAUUAUGGUGUUCAUCAUCUUGUCUUCUGCAUUCCCACUUAUCAAGGAGACCUCAAUUAUUUUGUUGCAGAUGGUUCCCAAAGGUGUUAAUAUGCAGCUACUGACUGACAGACUAGCUCGUGUACCGGGGGUUAGCAGCCUUCAUGAGGUGCAUGUUUGGGAGCUUGCAGGUGGGAAGAAUAUUGCUACUCUUCAUAUCAAGUGCCAAACCCCUACUGAUUACCAAGAUGCUGCUUAUAAAAUUCGGAAGGUUUUCCAUGAAGCAGGGAUCCAUUCUGUGACCAUCCAGCCCGAGUACAUUGACCACAAGACCUCCCAGCUACUGUGCAGCUCACCCUGCAUCUCAAAAGCUUGUGACUCUCAGCUGUGCUGCAGUCAGCGGGAGCCCCCCCUGGCUAAAACUAAUGGCUAUACUGAGAAAAACGAUAGUUGCCUUUCUGAACUGCAUAAAGACAAUGGUUCAAGUAAAAACGAUAUUGAAAUCCCUAUCGAGUACCCACUGGCAGAGGAUAGCAUUAAAAAUGUUAAAAAUUGUGACAUGUCUGAUGAGAAAUCACAGUUGAGCCGUACACGACUUUAGGCAAUUCCCUCUACUCUGCGUAAUGUUUUCAUAGAACAAAUGUGUCCUGGCUGGGAAGGGGGUCAUUGGUGGUUGUAGCUGAAGUUGGUGUGGCAAAAAGAUUUCUGUGCUUUAGCUGUAAACCAAAAUACACCUAAAACCCCCUUGUAUCUGAAAUAAGGAUUAAUAUUUCCACGAAGGGUGUUGCAUUCAUGUAAGAUUUUUUUGAUACAGCCUAACCCAGUUCCUUACCAAACUACAUGUGAAUUUCUGUUGUUAGAGUUGGUGGGGUGUAUUGCUGUCUGCACUGAUGCUUGCAGUUAAUGGCCAGUGGCACUGGGAAUGAAACUCUGGCCUUUUCUGCUGAAGUGAGCUGUUUCCUGAAAGCCCUGUGGCCAGUUAACAAUUGUACUGGGCUAAAGUACUGUAUAUUUAUAAAGGACUUCAGUAGAGAUGCUUUACUGAUUCUUAAAACCCAUUUUUGCCAUAGACAGUUCGUGUUUAACAGUAACGCUUGUGCUUCUGGCCAGUGGGGUUUGUGAAUGAAAUUAAGAGUGUCUAAGGGGGACGGGAAGCACUCAGGAAUUUUUACUUCCAUUGUUUUCUUGAUUGACUCCUGUAUUUAGGGACAGAGCGGAAGCUGGUCUUGCUUCUCAACUAGUAAUACUGGAGUCCUACCCGAAUCACAGAUAAGUAUGCUAAAGAAUAGACUUCUUGUCAUGAAAGCAAAGAAAGACUUACUAACGUUGUCUGUACUGAUUCUAGCAAAUGGAAGUGCAGGCAGUCAUCCAAUUAACUUUACCUUGUUCGCUGUUGUGAUUGUGUACAACUCAGUCUUUUUUAUUUUUUUUUUCUCCUGACAACAGAAGUUAUAAUAGCCACGGUCUUAAUUCAUCAUUGUGCAGGAUGAUUGCAGUAUCUUUAACACUGAGUGUCUGUCAUUAUUCAUGCUGAAUAAAUAAGCUAAUGUGUCUAUUAUGAACAGUUAAAAUUCUGCAGUUCUAUUAUUAAGACAAUUUAAUACAGUAUUAAUUAAGAAAGUCCCUUUAAAGUUUUAUAUGCCGUAUUUUCACUUAGAGGGAGCUUUAAAAGAAAUUACAGGGAACUUUUCCUGGUUUAAUCUCAAUUAUUUCUUGUUGGUUUGUUUUAAAGGUCUAAGCCCUCCCCUUUGCCCUCCUCCUCGUCCCCCUGCCCAAAGGUGUAUUUCCAAGUGUAUUUAGUGAAGCAGUUCCAUUAUCUUUUUGGUGCUUGCUCUUUUUGAAGGUAGGCAAGCGUGCUCUAAGGAAAACAAGAUGACGUGCCCUGUCACCAGUGCUGGAUUUAGGUCAGGUGUGUUCUCCAGGUUUCUGGGAGAGGAGACCCACUACCUAAUCCACAGUGAGUGUGGUGCUUAGCCUCACUGGCUAUGCAGACCGGAUCCAGAAGCUUUCAAAUACAUCUUGCUGUCAAAAGCAGCCUUUCAGUGGUCUGUGUGGCCUGGGCAGGCUAUUUAAUUCAUUUAUUCAUAGGGACACCUUUAUAAAAUAGUGGUGUCUUUACCUCAGUGACAGCUUAACAGAAAGGGCAAACUGAUUUCCUGCCUGGGCUGGGAAAAUACCAGGACCUCCUUGUAAAGCUGGCUUGAAAGCAGCCAACUCCUUAUUAAUAAGGAUGAUUACAUUAAGUCAAUGAAUAUUAAAACACACAGCAGGAUAUUUUGCUGCUUGGAAAAUGGUAUUUACUGAAGCAGUGAUUGCAGUCUAAAUAGCACGUUUCUAGAUUGUACUUACACCUUUUGAACAGAUUCUUGGCUGAACUAAUAUAUUUUAUAGCCUUCCGUUGUAGGUUUGUAUUAUAUAAAUUAAACUAUGUGUUAGUAUAAUUAAAAGCUUGAUCCUGCACUCUGUCUGAUUCUGUUGGCAACAGCAGAGGUGAAAGCAGCAGGAUCUUGCUUGGCAGUUAUUGCACGCAUUAAUGUAAAUCAGGAAACAUUUUAAGAAUUGCUCUAUCUUUUAAAAGCGUGUAGCAUGAAGUAAGAUAGCAUGAAGUAAGACAGCCCUUUCCUCUGUUCUUUUUGUCCUUAUUUUCAUCUGUGAUGAUGUCUAAAUGUCGAGGUUUAGAUGUAAACAACAAAUAUAUUUAUAGGUUUUUUUGAGACCUGGAAUAGAAGGCUCCCAAAAUAACAACAAAGUCUAUGGGAGAACUUACUUCCCAGAUAUCCUCUAAAACAAGCACCCUUUUAUAAUUAUGCAUUUGUGUCUUAAAUCAGGUAAUUUUUUUAUAUAUACAUUUUAUUAAAUGGUUGAAAGAUGGAAUGGCAGUAUUGUUUACUCUGGAAUUAGAGAAAACUAGUAUGUGUAAUGUUGGGGCAUUUGACAAAAUAGACCAUCUUUUUCUUUAUCCUUCCAGUGUUUGUUAAAACUGUGCUUAUCAAUGUUUUUUAAGUUUUUAAAAGUGUUGUAACCUGAAAAUACAAUGAAGUAACAUCCUGAAACUUUUUUUUGAGUGUACUGUAAUUAUUGCCUGUGAAUAAAUAGGAAAAUACCAGGGAUUAUAGAAAUCUUCAGGUCUAGAAAACAACCAGAUUUUUAAAUUUGCUUUAUUACUUAAGCAAGCAAACCCAACAGAGCCAUGUUAUUGAUAAGAACCUUGCUUUUUCUGUGUAGGGACCUUCAGGGUAUUCAGCUAAGGUUUCUGACUUGGUAUCCUUGCCUUCCUUUGAGUCUCGCAACAAAGUAUUUUUCUUCUCUAAGUGUGUCACAGCUAGGCUGUACUGGGUGGCCCCUCUCUACUUCUGUAGAAGACUUCAUGCCAAUCAGUGUGUAUUUUGUAUUGGCUUAUUCCCCUUCAGUUCUUGGCAUAUCACUUCUAAUUCUCUUGAUGUAGGCUUACCUCAUUUUGAAAUACAGUAUAUUUCAGUAUUUGCCCUUAUCUAUGGGCACUUGUUCUAAAUUCAGUUUUUCAGCGUAUUGUACUGUCAUAAAUUCUCUUUUCUGUAAUCCCUUAUGAUUGCAUUGUUAUGGUAUUCGGGUUCUCUUGCAGUGGUUGCCCCUAUCUGUCCAUCACUGUCUGUAGCAAUGGAAAUCCGCUUAAAAUACAGGUGACUUUCAACUGGUUGUCCAACUUAUGUGGUCCUCUGAUCCAUAACCAGUCAUACAUGUGACCUAGCUGUAUGUCAACAAAACAUUUGCUAGCCUUGCCAGACAGUUUUGGAGUAAAAUUGAAACCUGGAAUAAAUUAACAUGGCAUUGAAUGCAAAAGCAAUUUACUGGCCUUCAUCAGUCAUGGGCCUUUUCUUAAAGUGAUUAAAUUUUUUGUUACCUUUUGGUAUGUGCCAAAUGUGCCAAUUUGAUUGUUAAUUUUUGCUUCUUCUGUAACUCUCUAAACUGCCUUUGCUCUUCUAUGUAAAGAAAAAUAACUGAUGCUGGUUUUAGGAGUAUUGCCUUUGUUUUACCAAGUUUUCAGCUGACUUCCUUUUCCUUGUGUCCUUCAUGACACUUAUUUUGACUUGUAGUGCAACUGUGGUAUUUUCCUCUUAAUGUUUUUCUUAUUCUUUGUCUCUUCAAUAAAAGCAGUAUGGUUUUG